AACAAAAAGAAAGAGCCACCUCGCUGUAAAAUGCCCCAAAUAAGCUGCAGAAGAAGAAGCUUUCUUUGCGAAAGGCUGCAGUUGGUUUGCCGUCCAGAAGAGAAAUUAAGGCCAUUAUAUAAGAACCAUCCCAUCCAUCAUGCGUUUCUCUGGCGCCAAAAACACACAAAGCAAUUCCCCUCAUCAUGCCACCCAUAUAGGCUUCUCCUACUCCUCAUCAGUGAUCACUCUCCACGCUCUCACUAGCUCGGCCGCCUACUGCAGCUCCUUCUCUCUCAAGCCAACCACGCGCGUGCAUCCUUGCGCACGCGCGCGACGAGAGCGAGAGAUGCCUCCCCAGCUUCACCGCUCUCUCCUCCUCCUCUACGUGGCGGCAGCGGCCGCCGCGGCAUUGCCGGACCCGGCGCCGCUCGACCCGGGCCUGUUCCUGCCGUCGGCAACCCCGGCGCAGCCCGGCGCGGCCACGAUCCCGGCGUUCCCGGAGCAGUCGGACGCCGCGGCAGGGGGGGCCUCCUCGACGUGCCCGCUGGCCCCCUCCCCGUGGCUCCUCCCGGCCGUGCUGUCCUCCUGCGACGCCGACGGGGCGCUGCCCGCGAGGCUCCGCUGCUGUCCGGCCCUUGCCGCCUGGCUCUUCGCCGCGUACGCGCCCGUCGCGCUGGCCGCGAAGCCCGUGAAGCCGCCGCCGUCCGCGGCGCCCGUGGACAUGCCGGUGCCGCCGGACGACUCGGAGGCGUGCGCGGGCGCCGCGGAGCGCGCGCUGCGGUCCGAAGGGGCGGCGCUGCCGCGCCCGCCGGGGGCCAACGGGACGUGCGACGUGGCCUUCUGCUACUGCGGGGUGCGGCUGAGGAGGCUGACUUGCGGGGCGCAGCCGACGGGCAAUGCUGGCAUGUGGAGCCCCGCGGAUGCCGCGGCGAGGAGGCUGGAGAGGGACUGCGCGAAGCCCGGCGUUCACGGCUGCUCCAAGUGCCUCCGUGCUCUUGCCACGAUAAAGGCCGGAGCGGCGGCGGGGAAGCAUGGCGACGGCGCGUCCAGCGAGCGGGACUGCGAGCUGAUAGGGAUCAUGUGGCUGCUGCAGCGCAACGCCACGCGCUACGGCGCCGCGGCCACGUCCGUGAUCCGGGCCCUGAUGGCCGCCGACGAGGCGUCCGCGGCCGGCGUGGCAGCGGCGGCGGGGUCGACCGCGGCGUGCUCGCUCUCCGUGGACGACAUGCCCCUCCCGGCCCAGUACGCGCGGCUCAGCGAGGCCAGCGGGCCGCCGCUUGCUGUCCGCGGCUUCCGCCUGAUCCUGUUGCUCGCCAUAUCCUGUGUCGUGUACGCGCUGUAGCCACCCGUGGCUGAAUUUGAUUUUGUUAUACGGCCUCCGGUUUUCUUCCGAGUUUGUAUGAGAUGGUUCGUAUCAUGCGAGCUGUAUACAUCAGUCUCUAAGUCGAGUGAUGCCAGGAAAUCUGGAAGGAAAAGAUGAGGUAUAUUUCAACGGUCGAAAAUUCAGCUGACCAAAAGCAGGAUCCAAACCAGGUUUGUCCACAAAUGAAAAAGAAGAUGGCAUCGGCCAAUCGAGCUGUGCUUAUGCAAUUUUAAGUCGUAAGUUACUGUUAUUAUAUGAUCUUCAA